AUGGGCACCGAACCACCACUCUCUGCAGCAAUGCUCGCAGCCCAAACAGGCCGUGUAGGAAACCUCACCCCUGAACAAGAAACCGCCCUCGCUGAAUUCAAAUCUAAACUAUCUGCUAUCGGUGCAUACGACCCUGCAAAACAUAGCGAUCACCUACUCUUACGGUUUCUACGUGCACGAAAGUUCAAUCUCGAUAAUGCCAGAAAGAUGUGGUUGGAUUGUGAAAAGUGGAGAAAGGAGUUUGGCAUUGAAGAGUUGAUGAAGACAUUUGAUUUUCCUGAGGCUGCUGAGGUACGAGCAAUCUACCCACGAUUCUAUCACAAGGCUGACAAGAUGGGUCGACCUAUAUAUAUUGAACGAUUCGAAAAGUGCGACCUCACAAAACUUUGGCAGGUCACAACACCAGACCGCAUGAUUCGCAACCACGUCUACGAAUACGAAAAACUAAUCAACUUCCGUCUGCAAGCCUGCUCCAUCAAAGCCGGCCGCCAUCUCGAACAAUCCUGCACAAUCCUCGAUCUAAAAGGCGUCGGUCUCUCCUCUUUCAAAUCCGUCUACACACUAGUCCAACAAGUAUCAACAAUCUCACAAAACUAUUACCCAGAAAUGCUGGGACGCAUGUUUAUCGUUAAUGCUCCCUUCUUGUUUACUGGUGUAUGGGCGCUCGUGAAACCAAUGCUGGAUGAAGUUACAGUCAACAAGAUAUCGAUAUUGGGAGCUAGUUAUCAGGAAGAGCUGUUGAAGGCUAUUGAGAAGGAUAAUUUGCCGGAUUUCUUAGGGGGUAGUUGUACGUGUGCGGAUGUUAAUGGGUGUACAAAUGCGGAUAAGGGGCCGUGGACUGAUGGCACUGUGGAAGGCUACCCAAAACAAGAAUGGCUAACAUAUCCAGGCGCCCAACUAAAAGCUAACGGAUUAAAACAUGACGACACUGCUGCUCCUCCACCAUCAUAA